AACUAACUUGAUAAGAACCUUCAAAGUUCAAAUGACUUAUUUAAUGCAGGCGUAGAGUUUUAUUUUCUAGCCUUUCCUUUUCAUCUGGUUGUUUCCACCAAAUUUCCAUAAAAGAAUAAACAAAAGGAAAACUCCAACAACUUCAAGCAAAAUUCCAAAGAUGAGGGUUUCCUUGUUGACUUUCACAAAUAGAUCAACGCAAAACUUUUCCUAUCAUAUACAGUCCUUACUUCUUGUUUGAUGCACAACCACGCUGCAUUUCUCACUGAUCAUACAAACCUGUAAUUUGUGCUUAACUAAGACAGAUGGCUGAAGCUGUGCUUGAAGUUGUGCUUAACAAUUUGAGCUCACUCAUUCAGAAAGAGAUUGGCCUAUUUCUUGGUUUCCAACAAGACUUUAAUAGUCUUUCAAGCUUGCUCUCAUCAAUCAAGGCUACUCUUGAAGAUGCUGAGGAGAAACAAUUCAGUAAUAGAGCUAUCAAGGAUUGGCUGCUUAAGCUUAAAGAUACUGCUUACGUUCUUGAUGACAUCUUGGACGAGUGUGCUACUCAAGUAUUGGAGCUGGAGCAUGGAGGAUUCCAGUGUGGACCAUCACACAAGGUACAAAGCUCUUGCUUAUCUUCUUUAAGUUCUAAGCAUGUCGCUUUCCGUUACAAAAUUGCUAAGAAAAUGAAGAAGAUAAGGGACAGAUUGAAUGAAAUAGCCGAAGAAAGGAGUAUGUUUCAUUUGACUGAGAUAGUCAAAGAGAAGAGAAGUGGAGUCCUUGACUGGCGCCAAACCACCUCAAUCAUUACUCAACCACGAAUCUAUGGAAGAGAUGAAGAGAAGAAUAAAAUUGUGGAAUUUUUGGUUGGUGAUGCUUCUGUUUUAGUAGAUUUACCAGUCUAUCCAAUUGUAGGUCUAGGUGGUUUGGGUAAAACAGCACUUGUCCAACUGAUCUUUAAUCAUGAAAGGGUAGUCAACCACUUUGAGCUAAGAAUUUGGGUAUGUGUUUCAGAAGAUUUUAGUUUGAAGAGAAUGACAAAAGCCAUCAUAGAAUCGGCUUCUGGCCAUGCUUGCGAGGACCUAGAUCUAGAGCCGUUGCAGAGAAAACUUUUAGAUUUGCUAAAAGGAAAAAGGUAUUUGCUAGUGCUGGAUGAUGUAUGGGAUGAUGAACAAGAGAACUGGCAGAGGUUAAAAUAUGUAUUGGCUUGUGGAGGCAAGGGUGCUUCAGUUUUGGUCACUACUCGUCUUCCAAAGGUUGCAGCAAUAAUGGGAACAGUGCCACCUCAUGAUUUAUCAUUGCUAUCUGACAAUGACUGUUUGGAUUUGUUGAAACAAAGAGCCUUUGGACCAAAUGAUGAAGAACGGGAAGAACUCGUGGUCAUAGGGAAAGAGAUAGUAAAGAAAUGUAGGGGAGUACCUCUUGCCGCAAUGGCAUUAGGAAGUCUCUUGCGUUUCAAAAGAGAGGAAAUAGAGUGGCUCAAUGUCAAGGAAAGCAAGCUAUGGGAUUUACAAGGUGAGAACUGCGUCAUGCCUGCCUUAAGGUUAAGUUACUUGAAUUUACCAGUUAAAUUGAGACAAUGUUUUUCCUUCUGUGCACUAUUUCCCAAAGAUGAAAUAAUAAACAAGAAGUUUUUGAUUGACCUUUGGAUGGCAAAUGGUUUUCUUUCAUCCAAUGCUAUGUUACAAACAGAAGAUAUUGGCAAUGAGGUGUGGAAUGAGUUAUAUUGGAGAUCAUUUUUUCAAGAUAUUGAGCAUGAUGGAUUUGGAAAAAUUCAAAAAUUCAAAAUGCACGACCUUGUACAUGAUCUUGCUCAAUCCAUUACAGAAGAGGUUAAUUGUUGCAUUACAGAGCCAAGUCCAUCUAACAGAAUCCGCCACCUCUCAAUUUAUGGUAGGAAAUCAAGGGUAGUCGGUUCAAUACAGUUGCAAGGGAUCAAAUCAUUGAGGACCUUUUUAACACCUACAUCCCAUUGCUCACCACCUCAGGUACUAAAAUGUUAUUCUUUACGAGUACUUGACUUUCAACUACUUAAAGAGUUGUCAUCUUCAAUUUUUCGUUUAAAACAUCUAAGAUACUUGAAUCUUUCUUGGGGUAAAUUUGAGAGUCUUCCGAAAUCCUUAUGUAAGUUAUUGAAUUUAGUGAUUUUAAAGUUAGACUAUUGUCAAAUCCUCAAAAGGUUGCCUGGUGGUUUGGUACAAUUGAAGGCUCUUCAACAUCUAUCUUUGAACAACUGCUACUCACUAUUAAGCUUGCCUCGGCAUAUAAGGAUGUUGGAUUCCUUAAAUACUUUAACUCUAUUUGUUGUUGGCAAGAAAAGAGGGUUUCUUUUGGAGGAACUAGGACAAAUGAACCUUAAAGGAGAUCUUUACAUUAAGCACUUGGAGAGAGUUAAAAGUGUGAUGAAUGCCAAAGAAGCAAAUAUGUCGAGCAAGCACGUGAACAACUUGAAAUUGUCAUGGGGGAGAAAUGAAGACUCCCAAUUACAAGAAAAUGUUGAGAAGAUUCUUGAAGAGCUUCAACCUCAUUCCCAACAACUUCAAAGUCUGGGAGUGGGAGGAUAUACAGGUGCCUAUUUUCCACAAUGGAUGUCUAGUCCUUCUCUAAAAUAUUUAACUCAGUUAGAACUCGUGGAUUGCAAUAACUGUUUACACCUUCCACUCUUGGGGAAACUUUCUUCUCUUAAUAGUCUAACAGUGUGUAACAUGAGUCAUUUAAAAUACCUAUAUGAGGAGUCAUACAUUGGUGGAGUUGCAGGAGGUUACACAACAGUAAAAAUUUUGAUAUUAGAGAAGUUGCCAGACCUGGUAAGGUUAUCAAGGGAGGAUAGAGAUAACAUAUUUCCGUGCCUUUCAACACUUCAAAUUACUGAAUGUCCUAUACUGUUGGGCUUGCCGUCCCUUCCAUCUCUCAGUGAUUUGCGUGUAAUAGGGAAAUGCAACCAACAUUUACUUAGUUCAAUUCACAAACAGCAUAGUCUUGAAACCCUUUGUUUCAAUGAUAAUAAUGAAGAGCUAACUUGCUUUUCAGAUGGGAUGCUAAGAGACCUAACUUCUCUUAAGAGAUUGAAUAUUAGGAGGUGCCAAAUGUUCAACUUAUCAGAAAGUUUUCAAUACCUCACUUGUCUUGAAAAAUUAGUGAUUACAAGUUCCUCCAAAAUUGAAGGUUUGCAUGAGGCUUUACAACAUAUGACUUCCCUUAAUUCUUUGCAAUUGAUAAAUCUUCCAAAUCUGGCAUCCUUACCUGACUGGUUAGGAAACCUAGGUUUGCUUCAAGAAUUAGACAUUCUGCAUUGUCCAAAGCUUACAUGUCUUCCGAUGAGCAUUCAAUGCCUUACUAGUCUGAAAAAUUUGAGAAUUUGCAGUUGCAGCGAGUUAGGGAAACAAUGUAAAGAGAACACAGGUGAGGAUUGGCAAAAAAUUGCUCACAUUCAAUGCAUUAAAGUACAGAACUGUAGAACGCCCUUUGGAGGAGGAAGAGGAGGCGAAGACGGAGGAGGAUAUUAUGUAUCUUCGCUAUUUUGUUUUCAACACCAGUGAAAGAAUAUAGAUUAUAGCUGAGAUUUAGUUAUGUUCUUGUAUUUCUACUUUAAGCAUGUGUAAGUUAAUUCUAUUUAUUUAUUUUAAACUUUUGGUUUUAUCUGUUUAUAAUGUAUUUUGUCAUUCCCCUCAUUGUAACAUAUAUUCAUUGUAAAAGCAUCACCCAAGUUCCUAUUAUGUUUCCUCUUCGACAAAGUUUGUAUAAAAGCAACAAGAUACAUCCAAAUA